UGUCUCACUCCAGCAUUCAUCCCGAUUCCACCAAUAAGCCCAAUGAGUCUAACGCGCACCGCCCACAGUCGGCGUGCGUAUUUUUUUCUUCUCCUUUCCGUUCCUUUUUUUUUUCAACCAGAGCAGAAUGUGUAGAUCGACACGCGUUGUUUCUCUCCCUCUUCAGUCGGCACACCAGCAGACAUGUGUUAUUUAUUGCUGAGCUGAGGGAGAAGACGAACGUACAGUCAGCUCCGGGGGAAAAAAGAAAGAGCGCGGAUUCCAGGAAAGCGCAGCGUUUCUCCAACAACUCCAGUGAAGGCAGGACGCGAAGCGUCUGGAUUUGGAAAACCGACACGAGAAUGGCGAGUCCGCCUCACGCAGGCGAUCAGUCGAUAUUGAUCAGUAACACGAGCAGCGGCGUCAAGAAAUGCGGAUACUUGAAGAAGCAGAAACACGGACACAAGCGCUUUUUCGUGCUGAGGGAGCCGAGCGAGGGCUUCCCCGCCCGCCUGGAGUACUACGAGAGCGAGAAGAAAUGGAAAAACAAAUCGGCGGCGAAGAGAGCCAUCGCUCUGGACUGCUGCCUCAACAUCAGCAAGAGAGCGGACGCCAAAAACAAGCACCUCGUCGCGCUGUACACCAAGGACGAGUACUUCGCGGUGGCGGCGGAGAACGAGCAGGAGCAGGAGAGCUGGUACCGCGCGCUCACGGAUCUGAUGGCCGAGGGGAAAGCGUGCGACGGCUCCGCGUCCAACUCCACGUCCUCGCUGGUUGGCUUCGACGAGGCGAGCUACGGGCUGAUCACGCCGGUGGCCGCCGCCUACAAGGAGGUUUGGCAAGUCAACCUGAAAUCCAGAGGCCUGGGGCAGAGCAGGAACAUGACCGGCGUCUACCGGCUCUGUCUCUCCAGCCGGACUAUUAGCUUCCUCAAGCUCAACUCGGAUGUCGCCUCAGUCAAUCUACAGCUGAUGAACAUCCGGAGGUGCGGCCACUCUGACAGCUUCUUCUUCAUUGAAGUUGGCCGGUCGGCCGCCACCGGGCCGGGGGAGCUGUGGAUGCAGGCGGAUGACUCCGUGGUGGCGCAGAGUAUCCACGAAACCAUCCUGGAAGCCAUGAAAGCCAUGAAGGAGCUGUCGGAGUUCCGCCCUCGCAGCAAGAGCCAAUCGUCUGGGACAAAUCCCAUCUCUGUUCCCACACGAAGGCACUUGAACAACCUCCCCCCGAGCCAAACGGGGCUUCCCCGCCGGUCGCGCACUGACAGCAUGGCGGCCACCUCUCCUGUCAGCAAAUGCUCCUCCUGUCGAAUACGCACGGCCAGCGAGGGCGAUGGCACCAUGACACGCCCAGUGUCCGCCACCGGGAGCCCCCUCAGCCCCGGGGUGCACAGGAGCCUCCUAUGCAGAUCCCACACCAUCACCGCCCGACCCUCUUUGACCAACCACUCCUCCUCCCUGCUGCACAGUAAGUCCAUAUCCAUGCCCCUGUCACCUUCUCCCCCUGUCGCCACCAAUUGUUCAGGAAACAUCUCCUCCUGUUCAGACUGCAUCGCCCCCCGCCCCUCCAGCUGCAGUGCAUCCUUCUCAGGCUCCCCCAGCGAUGCAGGUUUCAUAUCAUGUGAAGAGUAUGGUUCAAGCCCUGCAGACGCACGAGACCUCAGGUUACCCCUCACCCUCCGCAGCAACACCCCAGAGUCUCUCAAAGCAGACACUCCUCCCUCCAGAGAUGGCAGUGAGCUGGAUGGUUACAUGGUGAUGGAGCGACAGAGCUGCCGGCGGUUAUCAGAGCUGGACAAAGCAUACCGAAAGCGCACAUACUCUCUUACAACUCCCCGUCAGCCAAGGCGCCCCCCUCAAGUGUCAUCAGCCUCCCUGGAUGAGUACACGCUCAUGAGGGCCACAUACACCAGUGGAAGUCAGUCCUCUCUGAGAUGCCACACAGCCUCUCCUAAGGGAAGCAGACUUGAGGAUUACAGAGAUGUUCACAUCAGCUCCAAUGGCCUCCAUAUUGACAAUGGCUACAUGCCCAUGAUGCCAGGCGUUGCCCCUCAAACACCCGGUUCCAGGGAGGAGCCGUACAUGCCCAUGAGCUCCAUGUGCGUCUCUGCUCCCAAGCAGAUCAUCAACCCUCGCUGCCACUCCUCCACUACAGGGCUGGCCCCACGCACAGACUCUCCUGGGAGCGUUUCUCUGGAGGACAGUGGCUACAUGCCGAUGUGGUGUGGAAACAAAAUGUCACUAGAAAGCAGUGAUGGAAAACCUAAUCACGGGGAGUACCUGUAUAUGUCUCCUGUUGACACGCUGGUGUCUCUGACACCUCCGGACUAUAUUCUCAGUCCCUCGGGAGACCCCAACUUGCAGCACAGACACCCACUUUCGUACAGCUCUCUACCCAGAACACUCAAAAGCAUAGUGCAGCACAACGGAUCCACCGACUCGGACCAAUAUGUGCUAAUGAGUUUACAGAGAAAACGUACUGAGGAGGAGCCUAACUACUGUCCCAUCUCUCCAGGUGAAUGUGUGCCCAGCAGCAUAUCAACCACUUUUUCCAGUGUUCCAUCUCCUCUCAGACUGUCCCGACCAGAUGGGGGUCUGGUGCACCGCGGCAGGGUGUGCCGGCCCACCCGCCUGGCUCUGGAGUCCCUCAGAACUUUACCAUGCAUGAGCGAGCAUCCCCUUCCCUCAGAGCCACGCAGCCCCGGAGAGUACAUCAAUAUAGAUUUUGGUAGCGCUACUCAUAUGUCAAAGGCACACUCUGCAUCCGAGUGUGCUGAAAAGGGCUCUACCCCACUCUCAGACUAUGCCAACAUUGAUGUCAGCUCCCCGGUUCAGCUGGGUUCACACACAGCCAUAUUGGAGGAAUGUCUUGCUGCACCUGAUGGCUUGACUUGCUCCAGGCAGGUGAGCGUCAAGCAGGACCCAAAAGGAGUGAAGCAGGAGGAGGAAAAGAUAUUGGAAAAAGGCGAGAAAGAAACUGAAUGUCUGCCUACUCCUGUCAAAGACGAAUAUGCUGAGAUGACCUUUGGUUCUUCUGCCCCUUUACCUGAUGCUGCACCCCUCCCCACAAGCCCCACUGCUUGUGUCAAAAGACUCAGCCUUGAGAGCAGCAUAGUGGAUGUGAGACCCUCUGUGCCCGUGGACUCUUUUCUCCUUGGGGGUCCUUCGUUAGCUGUCACAAUCGUGGAUCCAGACAAGGGGGCAAAAGUGAUCCGGGCCGACCCGCAAGGACGUCGGCGCCACAGCUCAGAGACUUUUUCCUCCACUACCACUGUGACGCCUGUGUGUCCUUCAUUUGCUCACGACACCAAACGGCACAGCUCAGCCUCUGUGGAAAACGUGUCCCGCACGGUUUGCAGUUCUGACGAGCCCGGAGAGGAAACCGCAAGUCCGAUGUGCAGGGAAACGUCAGCCGGUUAUCAAAAUGGACUUAACUACAUUGCCUUAAAUUUGAUGGAGGGGAAUAUUGGGGCAUGCAGGUUAGGAGACUGUGAUGAACUCUUGAGGUUCAAGGCAUCCUGUUGCUGCAAGGGGAGUCUGAAUGGCUUCAACAGUAGCCCCUAUGCCAGCAUGGGAUUCAAGGAAACUACUGCUGCUGCUGUGAAAGAAUGAAGACUUGAUGGGUCUUCCGACCCCUCAUCCUCCCCUCCUCGUCCCUCUUGUCUUGCGAAAGUGGGAUUUGGGUGCAGCCAGAUGACGGGGUCGACACGGCGACAGCUGGACUCUGCGUUGCAGUCGAUGUCCCUUGACCUCUUCACUGCCUCCAGGGGUCAUGGGGACAGCGGUCACCAUGGAAACACAGACACUUGACCCUUGCCCCAAAUCUUCCCUCCUCUUUCUCGGCACCCAAACACUCAGGUGCCAUUGCUGCUGUAGUACUAGAUUAAAAGAAAACAAAAACCUUAAAUGGACAAUUACCUUAAACACUUGACGGUUGACUAGGUAUUUUAUAGGCCUUCGAAUACUUCUGCAGUAUAUUCUUACCAUUUCAACAGGUUCAUGGCUUCAGCCUGCAGAUGCCAGAUCUUCUCACCUGAAAAACCUGUGAACCAAACCUGGACAGCAUCCAUGCACACUAAACCCUGUUGAGCAUACUAAUUACAUGUAUUUAUUUAUUUAUCAUGUAUGUAUGCUUGGAAUGAAACGUGUGAUAAUUUAUAUAGAGGACUAAGAGUCAACGAUAUUAACACCAUUUAAAAUCAAAAAUACCAAUUUUUUUUUUUUUUUUAAGAGCCCUACCUCAGCAUCAAGUCACACAAGAUAAAUAUAUACAAAUAUUUAUUUUCCAAGGUGAAUGUUUUUUUUCCUUCUUUUUUUUUUUUUUCUUAGAAACAAAAACAUCAAUCCAAAGCCUUACUCCAGCCAUCAGCCUCCAUCUGAUGGACUCUUAGUUCGGACCUUUAAAACGCAGUAUCGAAGAUUUACAGACUGAAUGUUCAUCGCAGCAGACUGAGAGAUUAUGUUACCUUUGAUCCCACAAAUAUGACGAGGCGAUGUAUUUAAAGACCAGAGUAAUAUAUUUAUUGAUAUACACAUUAAAAUAGUACUAACAGAAUCUCAGAUGUUGUUGUUGCAUUGCACCAAAAAAUAAAAGAUAAAAGCUGUCACAAAUUCAAACAUGGCAGCAGCGCCAUCUGUGGCCUGUAUGAACUCAAGUCUCUCCCUCUGUUCGACCUGUGAGCGCCUGCCCGCAGCGACAGGAACAUGAAUGUUUUCAAACAGAGUAACUGGACAGUCGUUUAUUUUCUCCUCCCCCUUACCUGACACUGCAGAGCCCGCCGCCUGCAUGACAGAGCUCGCAGGACUCGGCGGUUUGACGAGCCGCUCGACAGCCCGAACACAUGACCUCCUCCGCAUGAUCUCGCAUUUACAAACUUUCCAGAUUGUAACACAAGACACGUUGAAUGUAGUACAUGCUGUGGAUCACGUGAUCUUAGACACACAAAGACUGUAUAACGGAACAUCCGUAGGUAGUGAAUGAGAACUACAUCACAGUUACAAGCCCAAUAAACAAACAUUUCCUAAUUUAUCUGAACUCACAGGUACUUCAACAUUGCCUAUACACUGUAAAUAAAGCGGUGUUACAGAGAAAAGCAUCUGAACACAAGCUGAGAAAGUUUUGAGGGGUGGUAAGUUAAAUAACUUAUGUUUGUAUUGUACAUACGUGUUUGAGUGACAUUUCUAAUGCAACAAGAGCACUAAUUAAGUUAUAUGCUAACCAGAAAGGUUUGGCUUCUUUUUUUUUUUUUUUAAACAUCAUGGGAUGGUUUAGCAAACAGAAUGCCACUACGAGGACUUUUUUAAUUCUAUGAUUCUAAAAAAAUAACGACAAACAAAAAAAAAACAUUAGAUAAAAACAUUAUACUUGAUACAAUGAGUUCUUGAUAUUAAGGUACAAACACAAGGCAUAUAUGCAAUAUUUACACCUCUAAAAGUUAGUUUACAAAGAUGUACCAAAUGUAGAAAAACUGUUAAUAAUGUUUGUUAAACCUGAAAUCCAAUUUGUUCCUUUUUGUACAUUGAUUGCUUCAAUUUUGAAACCUUUUUCUGCUUGUUUUUUGCUAACGGAGCCUCUCUGUGUUUUGAGCUGUGUUUUUUGCAUUUGGAUAAUAUUUUCAAAGUUUUUAUUUGGCAUCUAAAGGUUACGAUAUCUGCUAUGGCUUAUCUUGCUGUGUCUUUUUUUCCCAUUGUAAAUAUUUCAUAUCAUGCACAUUGUGACGCUAACUAAGAAAUGAUAAUUUAAAAAUUAGCUCAUUGCUUUAGACUGUGUUGAUUCUUUAUAGACACAUGCAAUAAAUUAUAUUUAAGGAA